UCCAUAGUUAAACAUUCAAUAUUUUGUUUUUCAUUUGAAUUUGUAUAUUUGCUCUCCAAUUCAUACGUCAAACGACAUACACACUCAUAAGCAGAUGUUUUGGCGUGUAUCGAUCGUACGUCAAGACUAUAUAUGCCCAACUCGGUCAAAGAAAAAGGUGUUUGUUUAUCCUGCACCAAAACAGUAGAUUUCACAGAAAAUGCACGCAACGAGCGCCAACCAAGUCACCAGCCGCCACUGUGGCGAAUCUUCCACGACCUGUCGUCCCAAGACACUCUCUUCGUCCAAAGCUGACCUGGAUCAAGAACGGCCCUUCAAGAAAGCGCGUUAUAUCUGGCAACUCAAAGGCAAAUACCACCUCAAAUCCAGCGCCAGCCAACAACAAUCAACACCAUUGCAUUCAGCCUGCAGCAAUCAUUCAUCAGACACAGACUCCGAUCUGGAAAACAUUCCAUACUCCAACAAUCAACCAACAACUCGCAUAGACAAAACUGUACCAAUCACUCUGGUAAUGCCCAACAAUCACACACAGGAUGAAUACCUGGAGCAAUGGCAAGCCAGUCAGAUGGCAAAGGGAUAUAUAGACAACACCAUCAACUCAUUGCUUGAAAUGUGGAAAAUUGCACCAUUUGACAGUGAUGUAAUGGAAGACCUCGAAAAUGAUGAACAAGUUGAAGAUGAAGGUAUUCUAAUGGCAAUUCAAUCACAUGGUCUGCAGACAAGUGCACCAGCAUUACAAUCUCAUUCAAAACCAACUGAUGCCACCACAAGCCACAAGACUGCUGCAUUUCGAACAGCUAAUAAUACUCCAGUCGCAAUUGAGUCUGUUGACAAUGACGAUCAGUUCCUUAGUGCUGCUGUAUCAGCAGCCAUCAAGAAGAAAGGUUUGACUAGUUAUAGUUUUGGAUAAUCACAGGUUCAAGAGUAUUGGUUAACAUGUAAUUCCUGAUUUCUUUAUUUAAGUUGCCAUAUCAAUGUAAAUGUAAACACUUAGAUGAUAAGGUUUUCAUUUAUGUAAGAAAUAUAUUUAUUUUUACCAGA